UGUUUUUCUUAGUUAUCUUUGUAUCUCUUUGAUUUUAUUUGUGUAUUUUGUAAACCUCAGUCCUCUGCCCUUCUUUAAAAGGGAAAAAAUCCUAACUUCAUUCACCAGCAACAGCAAGCUGUAAUGUUAUGGGAACUGAACACUCAAAGGACAAGAGGCGGAGAAGGCUGUUUUUGCUGAAAAAAAGUGAAAAGCUACCAGCAUGGGAAGAUGCCCUUCUCUCAGGAAAAGAUCCAAAGUCCCUAUUGAAGUGUGGAUUGUGUUAUGUCAGCCUAAGUCUUAUAAUGAAGGGGAUGAAACAUGUGCCCGACUUUUUGUGGGGAUUGUCAGAAGUGCAAAAACUGAACCUUUCUCACAAUCAGCUUGUGGUUAUUCCUUCUGCUUUGGGGAAACUAGACAGAUUGGUAGUACUAAACUUGUGUGGCAAUCGCCUAAAGUGUCUGCCUAAAGAGACUGGGCUGCUCAGGAACCUGAAGGUUUUAUUUGUCAACAUGAAUUGCCUGACUGAAGUGCCAGCGGAGCUAAGCCUUUGCAGAAAACUAGAAGUUUUGAGCCUUUCACACAACUGCAUAUCACAACUCCCUUCAAGCUUCACUGAUCUGACAAGUCUAAAGAAGCUGAAUCUUAGUAACAAUUGUUUUGUUCACAUCCCGCUAUGUGUUUUUGCAUUGAGGAAUUUAGAUUUCUUGCACUUGGGAUCCAACAGACUUGAAAACAUAGCUGAAAGUGUCCAGCACCUAGUAAACUUGCAAAUCUUUAUUUUAGAGAAUAACAGUAUUCGCACUUUGCCGCGGUCUCUGUGCUUCAUCACUGCUCUUGAGUUACUAAAUGUAGAUUACAAUGUUAUUCAGACUCUCCCUGAUGACCUCUAUCAACUGCACAGAUUGCCAAGAAUUGCCUGGAAUCCCAUGGAUAAAGGGCUCCACAUUUCACAUAACCCUUUGUCCAAACCACUGCCAGAGAUUAUAGAGGGAGGAUUGGAUGUUCUCUUCAACUACCUUAAAGAGAAAAAACAGCAUGGCUAAAUGUGUACUCUGUUUGGGAUUAACCCUGUCAUCAGUGUCAAUGUACUUUCCUGACCAGGCAUUUCCACUUCAUAACACAAGAAGUCUGAAGACUAAAGAUGGAUUUAGUAAAGUUUUCUGAAAGCAAGUAAAAUGCAGUGUUCUACUUCGAUUAUGCAUAAAUUUUAUUUUCUAAAAAUAUCCAUCUCUAACCCUCUGUUUGAAAUGUCUUUUGGGAAGAAUUGUGAUAAUAAUUCUGCUCUUUACUAGACAUAAGCUAAUGGAAGCCAGUAGCACUAUAGAGUGUGUAUUUUGCCAUUUAUCAAAAUUGAGUAAUAGUAAUAUAAAUAGGAAUUCAGUGUAUGCGAUGUGCUAUUGCAUUUAACUCCUUCUGACUUCUUCCUGCACAGAUAAACCACCACUACAUAAACACGCACUACAGUCCAAGCAACCCUCAAGGAAGAAUUUUUAUUUUUCUAUAUCUAUUAUAUCCCAAGCACUGUUCUUUCAUCCCACCGCUGUGAGAACCCCUAUAAAUUACAAGGAAAGUUUGCAGCCUUUGAGGGGGAUUUCCCAAUUGUUUGUUCUCAUAUGUUCCAAACUUCUCAAAGGAAAACAAUUCCCUUAUACCAGCUUGCAAACUUUCCCACAAAGUCCCAAGGUCAUGAUGAAAAGUUACCACAAAAGGCUGACCCAGCACAAGUUCUCAGAAGAAUUCACACAGGCUUUCAUGAGGGGUGAGAGUUUCAGACAGGUCAUCAUUCUACUAAAUGAAGAUUUUCUGAUGAAGAUGUGUCUAAUAUUACUAAAUGGACAGCUAUACUCAUUUCCUUCCACACUUCCAUGCAAUUAAAGCCAUGAAAUAAACUUUGCUCAGCAGACAGGACAUAUUUCAAAGGUGAGCUGAAAGCAUACUUCUAUUUGAACCAAUGCAGGCAUCAGUUUAUGUAGCAGCAUCAAAAGCAGGCUUACUUUCUAUAAUAUUCAACAUUACUGCAUAGCAUAAAUGUCAUGUCUGAUGUGGUUCUCCAUAUUCAUCUUUUAUAAAUGUCCUUCAUUAAAGUUUUAUAGUGUAAUAAGAAGAGGCAGCAUGUCAGAGCUGUUAGCAAGUUAUUUGACCUGAAUCUUCCCUUGCAUAAGCAUAAAACAAACAAGUUAGUGAAGAUAGGGUAUAAAGGUGGUAAGAAAACAGCAGUCUAGUUAUUUAAAAAAGAAAAACUAAGAUAACCUUUUAAGAAAAACUUUGAAGUGUUUCUUUAUGUCAAAUCUCAGAAAUUGACAAUCUCUUGUUUAUAUCUUAAUUUGUUCAUCAUUGAUAAUAGAAGAAACUUAGUGCUUUUCUCAGUGAAGUUAAUGGAAAACUACUGAUCCCUAUGGAAAGCCAUUUGCUUCAGUGACAGAAAGAAGAGCCUAAUAUCAACACAUAGAUAACCAUAGGUGCAUCCAAUAUUCUUUUGAAAUUUGUCAAGGCAGCAGCUUCAGCUGUUACCUUUGAUGUACCAGUGCAGUACUGAAUAUAAUGCUAAAGAAUCUCCACUGAUCAGAUAGAUGCUCCCAUGAGUUGUCUGGUUAUCCUAAUUUUUUAUGAUGUUGGUAUGGUUUGUGUACCAUAUAGUUCUUGGUUCUUGGAUAACAUAGGAAUUUCAUUACUAUGUCCAGUGAUUGCAUUUUCUUUGUUUCCCUUUUAUCCUAGAAAAGGAGGAAAAAAUCUUUCUAAAAGGCACAUCUGUUUGAGAAGCAAUACAAGUAAAUGAACAAAACAAUUGAGUAUCAAACAGCAAAGUGCAGUCAUUUCCAGACUUGCUAACUUAAGAUAUGAUUAAUGGAACAAUUUCACUGUGUACCCAGAUUUUCAUUUAAUUUCCUGCUUAAGGCAUAAGAUACAUAGUAAAUUCUAGUUUUUAUGCACCAUUAUGGAGAAUAAAUUAUGAGAGGUUUCAUAGAAUGAUAAGAGAAGUAAUACUGCAAUUAUUUGUAGAGAUAUAUAAAAAUAAUUUAUGUUUUUAUUUUGGACAUGCAUUAUUGCAUUUUAAAUGUUAAUUUUACAAGCUCUAAAUCUUACAUUACAUGUAAAGGUUGAUAAUCCUGCAUUAGAGGUAACAAAAGAUUAAAUGCCUAUGGCACUUAGUACCUGAAAAGAUUUUUUCUAUGCAUCUAUAGCAAGGACUAUAUGACACCAGUUAGUUCAUGAUGUGAUUUUGUUAGUAAUUUAUAUGGAAGAUGGAGGGACUGGCCAGGAUGUAUUCAUUAUGAUUUCACUAUACAGGGUGAGAAUCAACAAAUGGUUCAAGAAACUAGGCUGCAGAUAAUGGACUAAAAGGCAAAUUUGAAAUAGAUAAAUGCAUGUAGAGAAGCAGCACUUAAAACAUGAAAUAGAAUACCAGUUUAAAAUUCAAUUCAGUUAUUCAGCUGAAUAAAUGAAUAACCUUUUAUUCAGCCAAGUAAACCUUUGCAAGUAUAUCUAACACUUAAAAGUUUCUGCUUUUUAAAGCAGAAUAACAAAAAAUACUGUGUAAAUGGUACUUCAAUGUGUAAUUCAGAUUUCACCAUUAAAAUCAUUUCCAUUUCAUUA